UAUGCUCCAGCACAAAGACAUCCUGGUAUCCAGCACCACUGCCCCGAAGCUGGCUGAGGCACUCCUGCUGCUCUUUGACCACGACAACAGCCAUGUGCAGUUGCUCUCCAUUCAACUCUUCUGUAAGGUGAUGGAAUUGGUAGUGGAUGAGGGAAAAAAGCCCCUGGAGACAAUUGUGAACAAGAGCCUGUACAUACUUUUAAUCUACUGUCAUGAUGAGAACCGGAAUGUGGCAAAGGCCUCUCGGGAAACGCUGCAUUGUGCGGCCAAGUUCCUGAAAAGGAGGGAUCUCGAACAGCUGGUGAAGGAAAAUCUGUGGAAGUUUGCUGAGGUCCUGCUGGCAGACGACAGCAGCAGAGCAGCCGAGCACCUGCGCCGGGCCCUGCCCUACCUGCAGAGCCCACAGGAGCCCCUGCGAGAGGCGGCCGUCAGGUUCAUGGGGAUGGCCGAGCGGAGCUUGAGGGGGCAGCAGGGAGAGCUCCAGCUGAUCGGCAAUGCCCUUCAAGCCCGAAGGCAAGAUGCCAGCCCACCAUGCUCUAACCUGGAAAAUCAAGCCCAGUUUCCCCAAAGAGCUAAAGAAUUAGGGACAUCUUCUGGAUCCAGUGAACCAGUGUCCCAAGAACACACCCGGAGACAUUGAAGAGGACAUCACCUCUCACUGCUGCUGGAACUCCUGGCACAGCUGAUGCUGGGCACAGUUCUCGUGGCUUCAGCACUCUCCCUGCCUGUAGAUAGAUAGCUCCCUCCUUCCAGCCCCCAGACACUGCCCAUCACCUUUUUUUCUCUCCACAUUUCCUCCCUUUUGAUAGCUCUGCCUCACCAGCCCUCAGCCUAUCCAUCCCCUUUUUUUCCCCUCCACUCUCCCUCCCUGUUGACAGCUCCCUACCUCCAGCCCUCAGACCCUGCCCAUCCCCUUUUUUCCCUCCCAUCCCUUGUUUCAUCUUCCAUUAAUAAACGGUUUGGCUUCUUCACUUUGCCUCCAUCUCUGUGGAGAUGAAGUGACGCAAAUCCUGAGCCCAGGGACACACGGGCCCCUGCUGCCAUUCUCUUCCACGCCGUGUUUUGUGCACACACACAGAGGAACAAAGGCAGAUCAGGCUGGAAAGGUGCCUGUGCUGAAGGUGCAGUUCCACAACACUGGAGUUGCAGAUUUUGCUGAGCACCCUGGAGCCCCUGGAAUUUGGAAGAGCCAACCUGAGUAUGAACCCAGCUGUGAGGGAUUCCAUGGCAAGCAUCCACGGAGGUCAAAGGAGCUUGGAAUGCUGGAAGUUUUCAAGAAUAGCUUCCUGAAAGCUCAGCAGUACUCCAUCCCUGCACAGGAUGAGGAAGAAGACAGAACCAGCGACCAUCCAGGCUUAACAGUGGGAUUUGGGCGUGCCUAAGAGCAAAUGCAGCAGCAGGGGCUCGGACGCGCAACCGUGCCAGUGCCCGGAGCGCUGUCAGGCAGUGCCGGGAUCCCGGGUGUGGUUCUGGUCCCCACAGGUGGGGAAUGGCAGCCCCACGCUCAGAGCCAGUCAGAAAGCCAACCAAGUGAGCCCACAGGGAGGGCACCCUUCCCGUUUCUCUUGGGCAUGGCCGCAAAACAGCCCCUGCUGCUUCUUCCUCCGCCUGUGUUUGGGGUGUGCUGCUGGCAGAGGCAGCCAGGUUGUGCUCUGCCUUCCAAAGCCUGUUGGGAGCGGGCAUGAA